GCACCAGUAGAAACUUCCGGUGAGGUAAAGCGCUGUAGGAGAGCGUUUGCUGUUUUUGUGAAGGUCGACAGUGUUGCUUAAUAACCAUGCAUCUGCAAAAGCCAGUGAUGAGGAGGUUGUUGUACAGGCGCAUGAGGUUUCAUCUGCCCAUUGCUUUUACUUUGGGCAUUGUCGCAGCUGUUCUGUUCAAGUACAGAGUGGCAGAACCCAGGAAGAUGGCUUAUGCUGAAUUCUAUAAGAAUUACGAUCACGAAAAAGAGUUCAACACCAUGAGGGAAGCGGGCGUCUUCGAAUCAGUGCGGCCUUCUGGGGAGUAAAGCUGCUCUCUGCUGUCCUGUCAUUCCUGCUUUGAAGAUGGAUCCCUUUGGUGUUUGCUGAUCAGACGUGAACAUUGCUCUUUUGUUUGUUCCCUUAAAUAAAAUAUUCUGUUCAUGAUU